AUGGUACAUCAAGCUGCGGGAAGUCUUGGAGGCGAUCGGUUUCACUCCCUCAACGGCCGAUCAAUCAUUGUUCAUGCUUGGCGAGGGGGAGCAGAGGAGCUUCAUGGUGGUUUAUGUGGAUGACAUCCUCAUAUUCUCACCCUCCUCUGACCUUGUGAAGGAGGUGAUGCUGAAGCUUCAAGACAAGUUCAAGUGCAAGACCCUUGGUGACGUCAACUACUACCUUGGGCUUCACAUUGAGCGAGAUGUGGAGAAGCGGUGGAUGCGAGUGCAUCAAAAGAAGUACUUGGAGGCCUUGGCUGCAAACUUUGGAAAGAGUGAAGGUCAUGUGGCUACUCCUCUUCCCUCAGGGUUCAAGUGUGUGAAAGGACCAGCAGAGGAAAGUGUUGGUGAAGAGGAGAGGCGCCGUUUUCAUUCCUUGGUGGGCAGCCUCAUGUAUGCGGCCGUUCACACAAGGCCGGAUGCAGCCUUUGCUACCGGACAGCUAGCUAGGGUUGUCCAAUGCCCUAAUGAAGAGCAGGUAGCAGCUGGAGAGAGGGUGGCCAAGUACCUUGGCCAAACAGCAACUGUUGGACUGCAAUACUCCGCGGCGGCACAAAGGCGUCAAAAGGGUGCGGAUGGAGUCGAACCCGGGAGGCUCUUUCUCACCGCCUUCUCUGAUGCAUCUUGGGCAUCAGAACCAGAGGACAUGACAAGUGUGGGAGGCUUCAUCUGCUGUGUUGGUGGAGGACCAACAGCUUGGGAGAGCAAGAAACAAGUGGACCAAGCAUUGAGCUCGGUGGAGUCCGAGUACAUGGCACUCUUCCGUGCCAUAAGAGAGGUUGUGUGGCAGCGGCGUUUGCUAGCUGAAUUGGGGGAGGAGCAGCAAGGACCUACCCCCCUCUACUGUGAUAGCCAGGGUGCUAUUGCAUUGGCUAAGAACCCCGUUCUUCAUGGCCUUACCAAGCACAUGAAGGUGAAGUGGCAUUGGGUGAGGAGCAUGGUAACCGCGGGUGAAGUGGAGUUGCACUACGUGAAGACGACGGCGCAGCCGGCUGAUAUGAUGACCAAGAGGCUGGUUGAGCAGCAGCAUUGGAAGUGUUGCAAGCUUGCUGGGAUGGCUCUGAACUAAGGGGAGCAGAUUCUAAGGCCAACAAUCCGAGGGGGAGUUUGUUGGUGCAACCCUAUGGCUUGCACUCGGCUUGUCGUCCGUGUUUGUGUGUGUGCAUGCAUGGCAUGGAAUGACUUGUGAGUCUAUGUCAUUGCUAUCUAGUGCUUGUGUGUGUGUUUGAAUGGUGUCUCACAAUGUGGUGUGUGUCGGUCAAGACAUUAGUGAGUUUUUACAACUCGCAUGUCAAGUCGUCGUUUGCGUGUCGCAUGUGUUUUUCUAUUUUGUCAAGUGUGAAGUGUCCAUCGCGUCGCAGGUGUGUGCAGCAAGCCCCCAUCAACUCAAGAAGAAUUUAUCUUGAAGAACCAAGACCAAGAGCUCAAGAUUUCAAGCCCAAGGGACGCGGAUAAAUAUUAAAUAGUGAAAAUAGUAACGCUACUUCGUGUAGUGUUACAUUUCACUUGGUGUAGCCCCUUGGAGGGUUUGUUUUGAGACUCUUCGUGGUUGGGGACUCUGUGGUGGUGUACCACCAACCUGGACCUCGGCUCUUGGGGUAUGUAGAGGCUGGGAACCAUCUCCCUCUCAAACUCUUCUUGCUAAGUUUGUACUCCUAAGACUAUUGUGGCUGCUAUACCUCCUGCCAGUCAAACCGCCAUAGCGUCAGCCUCACCAUGGACUCUACCACCGGCGCAGUUGCCUUCACGCGUCGCGUCAUCGACCUCGCUCGGCGCCUGGCGGCUCUUGGCGUGCCGUACCCGGACCCAGUGCUCUGCUGCCAUCUCCUUGAAGGCUUGACUCCUGCCUUCGACACCCAUAAGAUCGCCUACAUGUAGCUGAUCGACAAGCGCAUCACCCCGGCUGAAGUCGCCCAGUGGAUUAUCACCACCGAGGCCGACCUCUUGCGCCAUUCCUCCUCAACUGCCGCUAUUGCU